GGGUUGUCAAAAAAAGGAGGAACGAACAGACAGAGAGAGGUGGACAGAAAUCAAUUUUCCCUUUUCCAGGUCUCGGGAGCAAGCCUCGCCAUGGAUGCCCGCACCAGUAGCUUUCGAGCCAGAUAUUAGAGCUGAGCUGCGUGCUUGCGUCGCGGGGAGAGAGACUGCGUCUACUCCCAAACGAAGACCGACGCCUCUUUUUUCCACGCGCCAGUCCGCUCUGAACCGGUGAACCCAUUCCUCCUCCUCCUCUUCCUACUCCGCCACCAAGAAACGAGGCUCAAUCAAUCUCGUCUUGCUCUCCCCUCCUCUUCGAUCUGUCCUCGUCGGUUCCUGAAAUCAGCAUCGACGAGCAGGAUUUUCCGAGGAGCAGGAGAAGAAGGCGGCUAGAAAGUUGGUUCCUGCUCCCGCCCGGGCGUGACCUCACACGGAAUGGUCGUUGCUUCGCCGGGGACGACGCACCGGGAGGAGGCGCGCGGCAGCGGGGGGGAUGGUCGAUAGGAGCAGCAGGGCCGUGCUCAUCGGGGUCACCGCCGGCGUCGGGGCCGCGCUGCUCGCGUCGGCGUGCGUGCUCCUCGCCAUCUGGCUCUACCGCCGGCGGGCCAGCGUCGCCACCGCACGGACGCGCUCCCUCGAGUCGCCCUCGGCGACGCUGCGGGACAACGGCAACGGAUGCGCCAGCCUCGACUCCAGCGUCUCCGUCUCCGUGGUCUCCGAGAGCGUCGCCGACUGGGGCCACCCGCCACCGGCCAAACGCGCCGCGUUCUGGGCCUGGAGAGGAGGCGGUGGCGCCGGCCACAACGGCAGGGAGCCGCCGCCGCUGUCCGUCUCCGGGAUCCCAAAAUACCAUUACAAGGAUCUGCAGAAGGCUACCAGCAACUUUACCACAAUUCUGGGGCAAGGAUCGUUCGGUCCUGUGUACAAAGCUGUAAUGGCCACCGGUGAAGUGGUAGCUGUAAAGGUGCUCGCGAGUGAUUCAAGGCAAGGGGAACGAGAGUUCCAGACUGAGGUAGCAUUGCUUAGCAGGCUGCAUCAUAGGAAUCUUGUUAAUUUGGUUGGGUAUUGUGUGGAAAAAGGGCAGCGUAUUCUGAUUUAUGAGUACAUGAGCAAUGGGAGUUUGGCAAGACUUUUAUAUGGUGACAAUAAACGAAAUUUGAGCUGGCAAGAAAGGCUGCAAAUUGCUCACGACAUCUCUCAUGGAAUUGAGUAUCUGCAUGAAGGGGCUGUUCCAUCUGUUAUUCACAGGGACCUAAAGUCUGAUAAUAUACUUUUGGACCAUUCAAUGAGGGCCAAGGUUGCAGACUUUGGUCUAUCAAAGGAGGAAGUGUAUGAUGGAAGGAAGUCUGGCCUCAAGGGUACCUAUGGAUAUAUGGAUCCUGAUUACAUGUCCACAAAUAAGUUAACAAAGAAGAGUGAUGUGUAUAGUUUCGGCAUAAUACUUUUUGAACUGAUAACUGCCAUAAAUCCGCAACAAGGUCUAAUGGAGUACAUUAAUCUGGCAGCAAUUGGAGGGGAGGGAAGGGUUGAUUGGGACGAGAUACUGGAUAAGGACCUCCUAGUAGGGAACAUCCCUGAAGAGGUCCGGACACUUGCUGAUGUUGCCUACCGAUGCGUUAACAAGAGUCCGAGGAAGCGCCCCUUGAUAUCAGAGGUCACGCAGGCCAUCUCAAGACUCAGGCAGCGCCAGCUGAGAAAGCAUGAUGCGCUAACACUGCCGAGGAGUGAGACCAGGACCGUACUUAGGAGGAUAGAAUACCAGCAUGUGGAGCUUGCUGACCUCACCAGCAUGAGAGAACUUACGCCGAUAAGGGCAUCAUGAACUUAUGAUGAGCUUGUUCUAGUAUGUAGGUUGCUUGAUAGAGUUAGAUUUUAACUUGAUAAAGAAACCCGUAUGAAAAUGUAAAGAGGGUUGAUCUUGGUUCGACCUUGCUGUAGCUGUUUGAUGAAAGCAUCAGGUAGUUACUAGAUCGUUAAAGAUCUCUUGUCUUGGUUGCCAUGAGAGAUCUCGUUACCAAGAGUUCUGUACUGACCUGAGGUUUGAAAUCGUUGUAAAAAAUCAACAGUAAUAGUAGCAUUUGACAAGACAAUGGCAUCCAUGGAUACAUUGCAGAUUCA